UGGCAAAAUGGAGCAAAAACACCAAGACGUCGGCGAGUUAAAGACCGAGGAGGAACACGAAGGAAGAGAUGGCUCAGAUGGGAACCAGAGGACAACUUCUUGCUUUCUUGACCGUUCUGUGCUCGGCGCUGAUGUGUAAAGCCGUGGACAUCCCUGACCUGCUGGACCGGGCCUCCCAGCGCUCCGACAAGCUGCACUCACUCAGCAACAUGCUGGCUAAAGAGCUGGAGUCUGGUUUCCCCACCAUCGCCCGGGUGACGAUGCCCCGUCCGGCCAUGUGCCACACCUCCUCUCUGUCCACACCCAACGACAAAGAGCAGGCUCUGCAAGUAUCAGAGUCGACCCUGAUCUCCCUGGCUCGCUCGCUGCUCAAAUCCUGGCAGGAUCCCGUGAAAGUCCUGUCCAACUCUGCUAACUCGGCUCCUCACCUCGAGGGCAGCCUUUCCAACAAGCUCCAGGAGCUGCAGGAGCACUCCAGGAACCUGGAGGACGGUCUGGAUAUACUGUCUGGCAAGAUGGGUCCUGCGGCGCAGAUCCUCUCCACCCUGCCCUACAGAGGAGGCGACGAUCUGGGUCAGGACAAAAUGUCCAAACUAAUUAACUUCAAUUUCCUGCUGUCCUGUCUUCGCCGGGACUCCCACAAGAUCGACAGUUUCCUGAAAGUCCUGCGUUGUCGUGCAGCAAACAUGCAGCCCAAUCUGUGCUAAAGUCCAGCCGGCCUGCAUGACUCCCUGGGAGGAUCGUCUUGUUCUGCCUGCCAGAAAUCGAUUAGAACAUCACCUCUGAGGUGAUGAGGUUACUGGACGGCAUUAUAAGCUUUCAGAGGAGGGGAAAAAGGAGGAGAAAAAAGCCCAUCUGUGUUAUUACUGUAGUUUUAGAGAAAAAAAAGUAGUAACAAAUAAUUAUGAUGCCAAAAAGAAAUGAGAAGUGUGAUAAAAGGGAAUGGACUGAUAGAGAUAAAGGGACAUUUUGGAUCAUGACCUUCCUUACUGAAGCACUUUGACUGAUCCAAAUUAUUCCAGCUGGUCUGACUCUGACCUAUCCUCAGCGUGGUCAUCAGCUGUGGUCGAUACCUGUCAGACCGGAGUCAGCUCUCCUCCUUUUGUCCGUCUUUGAACAUCAUUCUCCCAAAGUUACGUGGCCAAAUAAGCAAGCAGGGAUUCAGGGCUUCUUCUUCUUCUUCUUCUGUUUCUUCCCAACAUGCUCGACCCAUGACCCACUGCAGCAUUUGCACUUUAAACCCUUACACACCUUGAAUGCCUUUCAAUGGAAACGUCUCUUUUAAACCUGUUAUCAAUAAAAAUGAUUUCUUGCGCAAA